AUGGUGGGGGAAGGAGGUAUCUUGGUUGAUAAGGACCUUCGUGAUCUAAUGGUGGAGGUUAGGAGGGUGAAUGACAUGCUAAUGACUAUUAAGCUAGUUGUGAGAGAUUUUACUUUGAACAUAAUCAGUGCGUACGCACCCCAAGAAGACUUGGAUGAGGAAGUCAAGAGGCAUUUUUGGGAAGAUUUGGAAGAGAUGGUGUGUGGUAUCCCGCAUGCCGAGAAGCUUUACAUAGGAGAAAAUUUCAACGGCCACAUUGGAGCGUCACCUUGGGGGUAUGAUGAUGUGCAUGGUGGCUUUGGUUUUGGAGAUAGAAACCGAGGAAGAACAUCUCUGCUGGACUUUGCUAGAGCAUAUGAUUUGGUGAUAGCAAACUCGAGUUUCCCGAAGAAGAGGGAGCACUUAGUCACCUUUCGGAGUUCGGUGAUCGAGACUCAGAUUGAUUAUUUACUCUGCAGGAAGUCCGAUAGAGGUCUUUGCACGGAUUGCAAGGUCAUCCCGAGUAAGAACCUCUCGACCCUUCAUAGGCUCCUGGUCAUGGACCUUGAGAUUACGAGGAAGAGAAGGAAGAGGGCGAUGUAUAGCCAAUAUAAGAUCAAGUGGGGAUCCUUGAUGAAAGUUAAAGUGCAGGAAUUGGGGGUCAAGAUGGUGGCUAUGGGGACUUGGAGGAGUAGUGGGGACGCAAGCUCUAUGUAG